AGAUCUAGCAACAUUGGAACAGCGAAGAGCAAAGCAACGAGUUAAUUUGGCGAUUGUUAUGGAUUUUAUGCAAAAGUUGGAUCGCUACGAGGCGGAAUUUAACCGUCUUUCUGAAAUUACUUCACUUCGUGAUCGCCAUCGUGCUUUGCAUGAUAAAUUGAAGAAACAGCGUCUUUUUGAAUUUAUGGAAGGAUUUCAAGAGAUUGCCACACUUCUCCGCACUACAUAUCAAAUGAUUACUAUCUUGGGAGAUGUUUCACUUGAAUUGGUAGAUGCAUUAGAUCCAUUUUCUGAAGGAAUUGCAUUUAAUGUUCGACCACCGAAAAAAUCUUGGAAACAGAUAUUGAAUUUGUCUGGCGGUGAAAAAACUUUGGCAUCUCUUUCUUUGGUUUUUGCCCUUCAUCAUUAUAAACCAACACCACUCUAUGUGAUGGAUGAAAUUGAUGCUGCGUUGGAUUUUCGAAAUGUUUCUAUAAUCGCUAAUUAUCUUUUGGAGCGUACACGUAAUGCUCAAUUUAUUGUUAUUUCACUUCGCAAUCAAAUGUAUGAAAAAUCGGAUCGUUUAAUUGGAAUUUACAAAAUUAAUGAUUGUACAGGAAAUGUAUGUGUGGAUCGACAUGUUUUUGAGAAUAAACGUGAGUUAAAGUAUGAACAAUUAAAUACAUGA